AUGCACACCAACCAAGUUUACAGUGAGCUUGUUACUGUUAAUAAUGGACCACACAAAUGGUGGCACCGUCGUUGGGUGAAAAUAAUCGGCAUUUUCAUUAUUCUUUUAAUAGUUUUUGCUGUUAUCCUUGCUUUGGUGUUAAACUUCGUCGUUUUUGCACCGAAGAAAUCAGAAACUAAUACCACUGUCACAGCAUUAUCAUCACCAAUCACAACAACAAUAUCAACACCACCAUCAUUAUCAACAACAUCAUCACCACCACCAACAAUAAUAUCAACACCACCAUCAUUAUCAACAACAACACCAGUAGUGGCACCGACCACAAAUGUACUAGAAACAACAACACCAGUAGUGGCACCGACCACAAAUGUACUAGAAACAACAACACCAGUAGUGGCACCGACCACAACUUUACCACAAACAACAGCUACAACCACAACUCAGCAGUUAGAAUGGUCUGUUACUGGUAAUAUGAAUAAUGCACGAAAUUGGCACACAUCAUCUGUAUUACCAAAUGGGAAAGUAUUAGUUACUGGUGGAGAAAUUGGUGAAUGGAAUGGUAAUGUUUCAAAUAGUGCUGAGCUGUUUGAUUUAUCAACAGGUAUUUGGACAACUACUGGUAACAUGACUAAUGCACGAGAAUGGCACACAGCAUCUGUAUUAUUAAAUGGAAAAAUAUUAGUUACUGGCGGAUAUGGUAAUGGUUAUUUAAAUAGUGCUGAGCUGUAUGAUUUAUCAACAGGUACUUGGACAACUACUGGUAACAUGACUAAUGCACGACAAUGGCACACAGCAUCUGUAUUAUCAAAUGGAAAACUGUAUGAUCCAUCAUCAAGUACUUGGACUACUACUAGUAACAUGAAUAAUGAACGAGUUGGUCAUACUGCAUCUGUAUUACUAAAUGAAAAAGUAUUAGUUAUUGCUGGAUCGAUUGAGGGUCGUACUUAUAAUAGUGCUAAAUUGUAUGAUCCAUCAACAGAUACUUGGACAACUGUUAAUAAUAUAACUAGUCCUCGAGAACGUCACUCAGCAUCUGUAUUAUCAAAUGGAAAAGUAUUAGCUACUGGUGGAUGGAAUGAUAAUAUUGGUACUUUAAAUAAUGCUGAGCUGUAUGAUCCAUCAACAGGUACUUGGACAACUACUGGUAACAUGAGUAACACACGAGAUCUACAUACAGCAUCCGUAUUAUCAAAUGGAAAAAUAUUAGUUACCGGUGGUCUAGGCGAUGGUUCUCUCAAUAAUGCUGAGCUGUAUGAUCCAUCAACAGGCACAUGGACUACCACUAGUGAUAUGAUUGAUGGGCGAUAUAUUCACACAGCAUCUGUAUUAUCAAAUGGAAAAGUAUUAGUUACUGGUGGACGCAAUGAUACUGUUAGUUAUUUAAAUAGUGCAGAAUUAUAUUCAUUAUUUGAAACCAGUUAA